AUUAGAAAGGAUUCUUUAGGCAAAGUCAUCUAGAAAGCCACAGCGCCGCACCCCAAAUUCCAGCCAUCCCGAAAUAGACCGAAUUCUUUCGUAAUGAGUAAGUGAUACAUUCGUCCGCCUGCUUUAUUUCUCUUUCUAAAUAACUGCUAUCAAGGGGCUUGUUUGCCACGGCAAACACGGUAAACAAUCUCAUUCAAUUUGUAAACACAGAAUACAUUAAAAAUUGAGUCGAUUCAAAUUUGGUCCACGCACAGCAGUGCACGGGCACGUGAUCAUGCCGUGUGUGAAGGGAUCAUGCUGAAGAUUCCAACUUGCGUAUAAAGGCAGGUGGCAAACAAAUCUGCAGGCAGUGGAGCUGUUUGAGAACAGUCUGGAAACAAUUGUAUCGGUAGUACUAAUCAGUUUUGACCUCGAGGGAUGAAAUUCCACAAGGUGUGAUUGCUCCAUUUUGUUUAUCUUCUUCUGUAAAGCUAAUCUACCUUACGAAUUGGGUACGUGACGAACACCACACGCAGGAACCUGAGUUGGACCUUUUGUUAAAGUAAAAAAAAACAACUACGUGGACCAAAAGUUAAAAGACAGUUCCUGCGCUUUUCCCCUUCAUCGUGAACGAAAACAGAAAGAUAACAAUGGUAUUUAAUUAACAGCACAAUGGUGGCGACAUGCCAUAUGAUUGUGGAGAUAUUGAUUUUGAACUAUGUACUCUAACAUAUCCACUUAAUUAUGGCUUCAGUCCAAGACCAAGGGUUUCAAGUACUUUCGACAUCUCUUCCACCGGGCUUGUCAACCAUUGUAGGUCGUGUUAAGUGAGCUGACCUACCUCGCUCUCCAAGCAAGAGUGAUGGCGGAUAAAUUUUACUAAGUUGAUCAGUUUAACUUGCCAAGAUCAUUCCAACAAACCACUGGAUUCAGCUGAGGCUUACACAAAACAAAAUAAAAACGGAAUUUUAAAGGGUCUUUUAGCUGAAAUAUUUAAAUACUUCUGUUCCGGAAGUCCUAAAUCUUUCAAGUACUCGAGCUGUGAAAAAACGAACAAUAGUGAUUAUACAUGAAGUAUACACGAUGGAAGAGGCUACAAUGGAAAUACAAGAUCUUUAUCUCCAACAAUCAAAGUCAGUAAAGCUUUGUGCGCAUGUGCCUUCGUGUUCAACGGUACGCGACAAAGACACAAGUUCCCUUUUAAACUUUAUGCCAACACUGCAAUAUAAAUGUCACGUUUUGUAGACAUUUCGGCGCCUGGCAAAUUUUAACACAUUGCAUUCGAUUUCAGCCAUGAAACACACCCCAGAAUCGUGACCUCCCGCAAAUUGCUUUGUGUGGGCUUAGCCUCUCAAACGGGCCAAAUACAAGAAAUGACAUUUUUAGAUUUUUCCGGGAUGAAACGGUAUAAUUUCCAUUCUCCGGUAAACCGGCAAACUAGAGCACUCUUUUGGAAGCUUUCGUUAAUUAGUCCACACACAUAAAGUAAACAUUCCCACGGAUUUCUGGAACAAGGUGUUAAUGAGCAGAUACAAGACAAUCACACAACAGCCUUUGUAUGGGUUGAAUCUGAGAGAGAGCCAUUUUGGCAUCUUCUAGAAUCCAGGGUGUGAUAUGCUUUCGGUUUCUAGCUGUUCUUUCGUUUUCGAAAGCAAAAACAAAAAGACCCCUAACGCCUCGGGGCGACAUAACCCAAUUAGAAGCAAAACAAGCCUAUUGUGCGCUCAAUUGUCCUCGCUUGCUUUUGUGUCUACAGCUGUCAAUCACGUUAACUCUCGUUGGUGAAUGACAAGUGAUGGCAUUUAACACUUUGUUUGCUUUUGCACAGUGACUAAUACCAUAACAAUAACGUCAACAUAUCGAACUGGUUUUACCGGGUGCAGUUUCAAAACAAAACCUCUUGCCACGGGACACUCACGCAGUUUAUAGUACGCCAACCAUACUACCGUAAAAAUGAAGCAAUUCUCGGUUUACUGCGUUCUAUUUCUGGUGGUCUUUAACGUUCUGAUAAACGGAGCAGUUGUCGUAAACAGGAGUGAGGAAGAUUUUGUUUCGAAGCCCGGGAAAGCUCGCCUCACUGAGAGUUCGACAUCGGAAACAAAAAGCGAGAAGCCCCCCAAGGUAAAACUCACUCGAAGGGAAAAAUGCUGCAAUCUAGGGCGAGAAGUGGCCAAAAUAGGAGAAACGUGUGAUUAUACGUCCAAUGUGGACCAUAUUUCUCCCGAUAAGCACUUUCACCAAAUGAAAACAGCAGUGUGGACCCGUCGUAGCCACCCUAUCAACCAGCGUCUGCUUCCAAAGUGUAAACCUUUUAAAGUUUUCUACGAGAAAUGCUGUCGCUACGAAUACCACCUUAUCGAAGCCGAUCUUCUCAGAGCCAAGAAAAAGAUCAAGCAUUACUUGAAGCAAGUCAGGAAGAACGAAGUCGAAGAGGAUCAAGGAAGUUCUAACGACGAGGGAGGCCUUCCGGUUGAGCACGGGAUCUCUUAGAAGAGACACAAAAUUUAGUUCAUGGUCCAUAGUAUACAAAGGUAUUCUUAUCAAAACUAGAGACACAGCAAUCAAAAAGCUGACCUUUUAAUUGCGCUCAAGCUGCUGAUAAUUUUCUUUUUACUUUCUUCGGUAUAUUGCCCUAAUAUGUAAACGUCAUGUUCAGAAAACGGAAACAACAUCAAUCUUUACGUUAGUACUGUGACGUAGUUUGAAAUAAUAACGGGCGGUAUUAACGUGGAGGUCCUUUAAGUCCUCGAGGCAAUAUCAAAGACUGCAGGAUUACAAAGAAUACUAUUUUCUAAUGCAUCGUCACUGACCUAUUUGCCUGUAAAUAACUGUUUUCAUCGUUAAGGUGGCAAUGUAUAGUUAAGGUAGCACUGGUACCAAUUACCCGGCACCGCUAAAAAUAAUUAAGCCGGCUUCAAUUAUAUUUUCAGAUCAGGGAAUUCAUUCUCCUAGUUUGCCUGCUUGAUUGUAUUACAAUAAACUAAGGAGAACUUAGUCGUAAAUCUGUGAAGAGUACGAAAGAGUUAUUACGCGAAGGGAAAGCACAUGUCUAUACAUCCUUUUCCUGUUAUUUUUCUUACAUUUAUACACAUUGUGUUGUAUUAUUUUCCUUGACACAAGUUGUAAAUAAAAGACAGACGAAUCAGCUGCGUCACGGUCGUUUGACUCGGCAAUUUUUCCCACGCUCUUGCAAGUAUUUUGUUUGGCAUACAAAUAAGUGAUUAAUUUAGCCCUUUUCAAAGGUCAACAAUCAACACUGUGUAAUGGCAACUCAAAAGAACAGAUUAAACACCCGAAGAUUCCAUUG